AUGGAUUUGGUUUCUUUGAUACCUCAAACAGUACUUCAACUGAUAAGAGGUGGCGUAGUUCAAGAACUAAGAGUAGUAUGGCAGCAUAUGAGAGAACUAUUAAUAGUUCCUAUUUUGAAAUUUGCAGUAUUCAUAUGUUUAGCCAUGUCAGUUAUGCUGUUCAUUGACCGGGUUUACAUGGGUAUAGUGAUACUAUUUUUAAAACUAUCUAGGAGAAAACCAGAGAAGCAUUACAAAUGGGAAGAGAUCAAAGACGACAUCGAAAUGGGUAACUCAACUUAUCCUAUGGUUCUUGUUCAGGUUCCAAUGUACAAUGAAAAAGAGGUCUAUCAGCUUUCCAUUGGAGCAGCAUGUGCUCUUUCAUGGCCUUCUGACCGAAUAAUCAUCCAAGUUCUCGAUGAUUCUACUAAUCUAGACAUCAAGGGCUCGGUGCAAACUGAAUGCCAAAAAUGGGCAAGCAAAGGAAUAAACAUCUAUUACGAAGCUAGAACCAACCGAAAUGGAUAUAAAGCCGGAGCUCUUAAAGAAGGACUGGAACACGACUAUGUGGAGACAUGUGACUUCGUUGUCAUUUUCGACGCUGACUUCCAACCUGAUCCAGACUUUCUCCGCCAAACCAUUCCUUAUUUCGUUCAUAACCCAGAUAUUGGUCUUGUCCAAGCUCGUUGGGAAUUUGUGAAUGCGAACGAGUGUUUGCAGACGCGAGUCCAAGAGAUGUCGCUGAAUUACCAUUUUGGGGUUGAACAAGAAGUUGGUUCCUCCACAUACGCUUUCUUUGGUUUCAAUGGUACUGCCGGUGUUUGGAGAAUUGACGCUAUUAAAGAAGCUGGAGGAUGGAAAGAUCGCACAACUGUUGAGGACAUGGAUUUGGCUGUUCGUGCUAGUCUCGCGGGUUGGAAAUUUGUCUAUAUUGGUAACCUCAAGGUGAAAAACGAAUUACCAAGCACUUUCAAGGCGUUUCGUUAUCAACAACAUCGAUGGUCAUGUGGACCUGCAAAUCUAUUCAGAAAAAUGUUUAUGGAAAUCAUUAAAAACAAGACUGUACACUUGUGGAAGAAAAUCUAUGUGAUAUACAGCUUUUUCCUAGUAAGGAAGAUUGUUGCCCAUAUCGUAACCUUUUUCUUUUACUGCGUUAUAAUUCCUACGUGUGUGUUCUUUCCGGAAGUUGAGCUUCCGAUAUGGGAUUUAUUCUAUCUGCCGACAGUUAUAACUAUUCUAAAUGCAAUUGAAACACCAAGGUCACUUCACCUAGUAGUUUUCUGGAUUCUUUUCGAUAAUGUUAUGGCACUUCAUAGAACGAAAGGUACGUUUAUCGGUUUAUUCGAAGCGGGCGGAAGAGUAAAAGAAUGGGUUGUAACUGAAAAACUAGGAGAUGCACUACUCAAACCUAAAGAGAAUAACCGUACAGUAAUAAAACCAUCAAAAAGAACAAGAUUUUCAGCAUUCAUGGAAAGAGUUCAUCUGUUGGAGGUCGGCAUGGGAACGUAUAUUUUAGUGUCUGCAUGUUAUGAUGCUCGUUAUGGGAAGUACUGGUACUUCAUUUACUUGUUUGGCCAAGCCAUUGCCUUUUUGGUCAUGGGGUUUGGUCACGUCGGCACCAUGAUUCCACCAUCUUAAGCUGCAGGGAAUAUUGACAAUGGUGGUAAUUAUUUGUAGAUCAUAACUAUCAGAUGUCAUUCUCAAUAAUUACAAAUGCAUGCUUAUU